AUGAAGUACUCUGCGUCUACCGUUCCCCUGGCCAUGGGGCUCUUGCUCGGCACUGUCCAGGCCAUGCCCCAGGCGGCCACGACGGUCAAGUGCUCGCACAACAACUGCUUGCGUGCUAAUAUUAAUGUCGAGUCCAGCACCGAGACCAUUUGGGAGACUGUUACGCCCACCACCGAGACGGCCACGAGCUUCAGCACCGAUGUUGCCAUACAGGUGACCACCGUCACCGUCGUCGACACUGUCGACGUCACCACCCAGACGCUAACGACGACCAUCACCGCUGUGCCCGCACGCAAGCGUGAGGAUGGCGAGAACCAGGAGAAGCGCCAAGUGACGGAGGUCCCCUCGGCCAUGCCCACGUACGCCACCGCCUGCCGCAGCACCGAGGCCUACUCAUCCGCCUGCUCCUGCAUCGGCAUCAGCCCGGCGACCAUCACCGUGGCCACGCCCACCGUCAAGGUCACGUCCACUUCGACCGUGACCGCGCAGGUGACGGUCGGCGUCAUCGAGACGGUGACGAGUGUCGCGCCUACGACUGUCACGAACACCGAGUCCCGCACGGCAACCGCAGUCGCCACCGCGGUCGUGCAGCCCCGCCCCUGGGACCGCUUUAUUCUCCGUGCGGUUGGCGGCCGGGCCAACGGCCAAUUCGCCUACUCGUGGCAGUUUGAGAGCAACGUUGCGUCGCUCGUCCAGAGCUUCGGCAGCCGCGGACAAGCCACCGUCUUCAGCCUCAGCUCCCCCGCCGACAACUCCCUGUUCGUCGAGCAGCACCCGCAACUCGGCCAGCUGCUUGUGUCGAGGGGCGCGGGGGCCUUUGGCGCCGUCUUCAACGCCGGCGCGGCGCGGCGCCAAAGCGACAAUCUCCUUCCCGUGACCUGCUCCAUCGCGGAGGCGGACUGGGAGCUCAGGUGCGAUUUCCAGGGCCAGAGGGACUGGUACUACUGCAACGCGUGGAUGGGCUAUGUGCUGCAGAUUGGCGGUGUUCCCCAUCCAUCGUGGGGUUGCGAUGCUGUCAAGCUGUACGCUGAGCGACCUUGA